UUUAAGCAAAAACCUAAAAGGCCGCAGACUACACGGGAAGGGUCUUGGUUCGUGAAUCUCUCUGACUUUCUCUGUCUUAUAUUUGUUUUUUCGGUUUUUUGGUUGAUAUCUCAGAUGGCGAAGCGUUUGGUCCCACUUCUGAAUCGAGUUUUGGUUGAGAAGAUUGUCCCUCCGUCCAAGACCCAUGCCGGAAUAUUGCUCCCCGAGAAGUCCACCAAGCUGAACUCUGGAAAAGUUGUGGCCGUGGGUGCGGGGAUUCGUGAUAAACAGGGAAACUUGAUUCCUGUCAGUGUAAAAGAAGGAGACACUGUCCUCUUACCUGAAUAUGGAGGAACUCAAGUGAAGCUUGCUGACAAAGAGUAUCAUCUGUAUCGAGAUGAAGAUAUAUUGGGAACACUGCACGAGUGAUGAUUACUACCCGACCUGUAACCUAUGCUACAUUUUGAAGUAGUUCAAGCCUCAUCUUAUUAGUUUUAGUCAUUUGGUAGCAUGUGAUAGUGCCAUCCCAUCCGAGAAAAAUAGUAGUUCUACCUUAUGCUGCAAUUGAACAGUUCCAUUCUGCUUUGUGCUUUUCCAUCCUUGGAAAAAACUUGUACUUUUCAAUUAUCUGAGUGAUGAUAUCCUUGAAAAUAAA